GUGUUACCGAAAAGACCGCCACUACAGUACUAGUUCUUUUUUUCUGCAAAUAUAAUUCCAGUUUAAGAAUAACAGUUAAUAACGCUGGCAAUGGCAUUUUUAGAUAUCAACGAGUGCACGGUGUCAAAUGGCGGCUGUAGUCACAAGUGUGUUAAUACUGGAGGAGGCUACAAAUGUGAAUGUCCAGACCCGGAACUGAGCCUAGCAUUGGAUAACAAGACAUGUCACGCUCCAGGUGUUGAUGUUCAGUGCAACAGGGACAACAUGACAAUCAUCAUUCCCAAGUCCCUGCUCCGUGGUAUUGACCGUAAGCAUCUUCGACUCCUGGACACCACAUGCAAAGCGAAAGAAACAAGCGCUGACUUUUCUCUAACGACACCCCUGACUGGCUGUAACACAACACGCAGGCAAACACCUACAGCUAUUGUUUACUCCAACACCGUCUUGGAAAUCCCUGUGGCUGUUGAGGAUGUCGUGACACGCGUGCGUGAAAUAGAAAUACAGUUCAGCUGUUUUUAUUCCAGGUAUGGCGUGGUAUCAUCGGUUGGUUGGAAGCCAAGUAACAGGAAACUUGAGUUCAGUGAUGAAGGCAAAGGGAAUUUUACACUUUCUCUGAACAUGUUUCCUGACAAGAGAUUCGUGAGUCCUUACACAAAGGAUGAUUUCCCUGUUGCUGUGGUGCUGCGUAAACUGCUGUUCUUUGAGACAUCAGUGACUUCAGGUGACAAGCAGCUGUCAAUCAUAGCNAUGUGA